AAAUGGACAGAAUCGGUGUAUUCCAGAUUUGGUUAGAGAAAUGGCUAUCAGAGAAUAUCUGACCGGAAGUGGAACGGAUAAUUCAAAACGAUUGGGCACAGGAUACCUGAUUAAGAAGAUUAUAGAAGAUACCCAAAACAGAAUAAAGGACUUAGAAAACAAGCGUGGAAGGAAGAUCUAUCUAUAUUCAGCUCAUGAGUCAAACAUUGCGAGGUUGUUAUUAUUCUUAGACAUAUUUCAGCCAUUACAUGUUCCGAACUAUGGGUCAUACAUCAUCUUCGAAAUACACAAAAAGGACGAUGAAUAUGGAGUCAAGGUGUUUUACCAGGAUUACCUCUCAGAAUCUUUGAACCUUGUUAGACUGCCAGCAUGUCAAGAUCUUUGUCCCUUGGACAAAUUUAUCAAGUUAUACCAAGAUCUAAUACCAGAUGAUGAUUCCGAAUGUGGUUAGUAAACUUUUGUGAUGAAAAUAUACAUUU